AAUUUUCCAAUGGGCGACAAAUCAAUGUCAAAACAUUGACCAAUCAGUUUACCCACCGCGAUAAAGGUUAUUUCGCUGUGUCCAUUAAACUAUUAUUUCUAGGUGUUAGCUGUUGCCAGCGCCGGAUAACCUUGAGUGUCUUGGCCAUCCAGAUAUUAAUUAAUUGAACUGAAAAUUUUAAUAAAUCCAAAGACAUCCGCUGAAUCAGAGUGAAGCUUUUGCUUUGUUAUCACCCAGCCGGCUUGGUCAUCAGUGAUAAGGCCACGAAAAAAAAACAGUAUCGUCAUCUUCUUUGGCUGACACGUUACACGUAACAUGGAUGAUAUUGUGCCCGAUGUGCUGGAUGCGGUUCCCGCUGGCACCAUAAAGGUCGCCUAUGGCGAUAGCUUGGAGGUGAAGCAAGGUAACGAGCUGACCCCCACCCAGGUGAAGGAUCAACCGAAUGUCAGCUGGUCUGGUCUGGAGGGAAAGUCCAACCUAUUAACCCUGCUUAUGGUGGAUCCCGAUGCUCCGACUCGCCAGGAUCCCAAGUACCGUGAGAUUCUGCACUGGGCUGUGGUCAACAUUCCCGGCAGCAAUGUGGAUCCGUCCGGUGGCCAUCCUGUGGCAGCCUACGUUGGAUCUGGUCCGCCGGAGGGCACUGGCCUGCAUCGUUAUAUUUUCCUGCUCUACCGCCAGGAGAACAAGAUCGAGGAGACGCCCACUAUACCCAAUACUAUUCGCGCAGGCCGUUUGAACUUCAAAGCCCGGGAUUUUGCCGCCAAGCACGGAUUGGGAGAACCCAUUGCUGCCAAUUACUACCAGGCCCAGUACGAUGACUAUGUGCCCAUUCGGAAUAAAACAAUCGUAGGCUAGAUUUGUGCAUAUAUCAUGCAGGGUUUCCAAUUCCCCUUCAAUAAAGUUUAACCAAUCGCUUA